AUGGAAAUAAAGAAAAGGCCGGAUAAAGUGAGUAUUACUGUAUUUACCAAGUUCGUUUUAGUUUUGGAAGAAAUUGUUGGCAGUUACCCUGAGGCAAAAUACGUUUUUUGGAAGCCGAAGGAAAUAUUACUUCGAUUCCGCGGAAAUCACAAGGUAAAUUUGGAAUUUGUCAAGUCAGUAAUGACUUAAAAGUCCAUUUUAUAAUGCUAUUUGUAUGGUUCAGACGGGAAGUUGAGUUAAUUAACAUCUCAAAGAUUGACGACCGCCUCAAACCCAUUGAAAUCCUCCUGAAAUACUUUUGUCACACCGUGGAGGACGCGAAAAGAUUGAGAAGAAAUCCAACGCGAGUCAGGAAAAUGAUCGGAUGGAAAGCGGAGAACGGAAAUGUCGAUGAACUCAUGCAGGUCAGCACGAAAAUAAAUGAAGUUGUAGAACUAGUUCAGACCUUUUGAUAAUAGCGAUUUUAUAACGAUCUUAUUUUCAGGAUGUAAUAUACACUAUGGAAAAGGACCGAUCGCUGUUUGAAGCCCAAACGAAACGGUACUAUCAGAGCAACAGACAUCCGAGAGCGAUGUUAUCCACAAGCCUGUAG